AUGACGACUAGAUCUAAACGUAAAGCCGAACCACCAGAAUCUAAAGAUGUACUUACUAAAAAACGUAUAGAAAACUCUUGGAUAUUACUAGUCAAAGAGGAUCUCUUGAAAAAUGAUAAUUUCAGUAUAAUAACGUUGCCGCAUCCCGCUCAUGGAGGUCCAUCCAAAUACUGUUUAGAUCAAGCCAAUCUUAAGAUAUACGAAAUCGUAACUUUUAAGGAAGACUAUCGUUCGUGGUUUAUUGAUGAUACAGUUAAGUCCGACGGCAGUCUCAUGAUGGUGACACCGAUUAACCCUCUGUUUUUAGUUUUACCUAAAUUGAGACAAAAGUGUUGUGAUAGGGCUAUGCCAUUAGAAGAUUUACUAUCAGAAAAGGGUUUUGAUAAGCUUAUCAGCUUUUUUAAUGAUCUUAAUGCUAUUGGAGAUUUAAAGGGUUCAGCAGAUCUGAAAGCAUAUAAGUAUAAUGAAGAAAAAACCCUAAUGUGGCUGGAACAGAAAAUUAGGAAACUGUCACAAAUUUUAAAAGAUAGAAAUAUACAUGUGACUUCUGGAGCGAUAUCUGCUACAUUUGUGGCUAGUACUGUAAAUAGUGACAAAGUUGAUGAAGAGUUUUAUCUUAAAUACGCCCAUGGUAUAGUAUCAGAAUAUUUAGAAGAUCAUUUAAUCAAGUUAUUGGAAGAAAGAUUUAAUUUCAAAUCUGACUUGAUUGAACAAGUUGGUAAUAAGAGGAAGUCGGAAAUGGGAGACAGUAAUGAAAUCAUGAAGAAAAUUAAAUUUGAGGCUGAUGAAACAGAAAAUAAACCUAUUGUAAAUAAUGUAGUACCAGAUGUUAAAAAACCUAAACAAUUAACAUCUAAAGAAAAGGCACGACAGAAAGCUGCUAGUGGUACCAAGACAAUAUCAUCUUUCUUUAGUAAAUCAUGA